ACUACCGUUUAUUAGUUACAAUUACUGAGCAAGUAACUCCUACGGUUCCUAUAAUAACAGUACAAUAUAUAUAAACUUUCAAUCCAUUAUUACUAAUACAAGUAAUUUCAAAAUUUUAGCCGUUUCUUUCCAUUGUCCCGUUUUGUUUCCUGUUGUGGUAUAGUAGGCAACACAAGCCUUCUAGCAAAAAGAAAAAAAAUAUUUUUGAUUAAUUUUUGUUCUAAGUUGUUUCCUUUUUCUUUUUAAAAUUUAUUGUAUUCGUUUUUAAAUGACUGAUUCGAUUUAAUCAAAAUUUAUUUGUAAUUUGUUCUAACUAUAAGUUCUAAAUUUAAUUUUAAAAUAAUAUUAUUCAUAGUUAUAUAUAGUAAUAAUAUUGUUCAUAGUUUUUAUUGUCUUAAAAUCUUAAAUAUUCUGUUUUUAUUAUAGUUAUGUCAUUUUAAUAUAUACAUAUACACUAUAAUAAAUAGCUAUCAAUCAGAGUAUAAUCGACAGCUGAUAUAACAUUAAUAAAGCAGUGUGUGUCAAUAACUUCGAACAAAAAAAUUACAUCUCAUAUAGAUUUUAUAAAACUCAAUAUAAAAUUAUGUCUGUAUAUAUUAUUUUAUUCUUCGUCAUACAUAAAGUAGUGUUUAGUGACAGUUAUAAUCUAUCUUCAGUUGAUGAAACAUACAUUAAAGGUUAUCAAGCUUACUCAAAAGAACAUUGGGAAGAGUGUACAGAGUGGUUUCAAGAAUCCUUAUAUUUGUUCAAACUUUACAAGACUAUUAUUAUCAACUGCAGAAUAAAGUGUAAAAAUCAGUAUCAGAAACCUGUUUUAAAUGACCUUCAUGAUGAUUUAAAAACAUAUGAAGUACUUUUCAAUAGAGGACACUGUCUAUAUAAGUGCCAAGAAAAAGAAUUUAAAAAUAAUAAUUUAAACAGUGAUAUUUCUACUACUAUUUUACACAAUAUGCAAAACAGAAAACCAUAUCAGUACUUGCAUGUAUGUUACUAUCAAACUCAUGAUGUCCAAAGUGCAGCAUCAGCUGCUGCAACUUUUCUCGCUUUACAGCCUGACGAUAUUGAAAUGAAGCAACAUUUGCAGACUUAUCUAAAUAAACCAAGUGUAAAAAGAGAAGAGGUAGUGGAUUUGGAAAAAGAACACUAUGCUAUAUUAUUUGACAGAGCCUUAAACUUUUAUAAGCAAAGCAUCUGGGAUAAGACUAUUGAUAAUCUAGAGGAAGCUAUUUUAGAGUAUAUAUUUUGGGAAGAAAACUGCAGAGUAGAAUGUGAACACCAAUCAAAACGUGAGGAGGAACAAUCUGAACUCAUUAUAGUGAUGUCUAAUUACAUAGUAUCAUACUUAGAGUGUCGGCAAAGUUGUCAAAAUAAUCUAAAGUUAAUAGAAUAUGACUCAGGUGUGCACUUCCUGGCAGACAUGUUGAACUAUUUACAAAUAUGUUAUUAUCAUUUAAAUGAUUUUAAAAAGGCUGCUAAGUCAACAGCUACAUAUUUAGCUUUAAUGCCUGAUGAUGAUGACAUGCUACAUAAUAAGGAAAUAUAUAGCACUCUAGUUCAGUCUGAGGAUUUCAUUGAAAAUGCUGAUAUUAUUAAUUACUUAAAGCGUGAUAAUCAAGAAAAGGAACUUCUGAAAUUGUUUGAUCAAGGAUACAAUCACUAUUAUAAUGGUUCCUAAACCAAAAUUCUGUAUACUAUAGUAAUCAAAAUUCUGCCGAUGUAGAAAAUUACUUAAUGUAAUUCCUAAGGGAAAAUUACUUAAUGUAGAUAUAAAAAGAUAUACCAAAAUAUUAUAAAAAUAAAAAGCAAUACACUUAUGUAAUAAUGUAAAUUUUAUAAAUAUGUGCCUUCUCUGGAGAUAAUUUCAAAAUUAUCUGUUUAAUAUUUUACUGUAGUGUAAUUUAACCAAAGAUUACAUAUGUAGCUAGUAUAUAUGCCAGUGUUGAUGUACCUAAUAACUUUUAUUAAAUAGCAAACAUUGUUUUCAUAACAAAUUUAUAGUGUCACCAGGCUGCUGUUUCUAAUACUAUAACAAAAUUUCCAUUAAUUUUGUUGUCAUGGAAUGUGAUUAGAAAAUUGAAACUAAUAAUUUGUAAUUUUUUUAAAUAUAUUUGUAUAAUUUAACUAAAUAUUACAGACUCCAAGACUAUUGUUAUCAGCGAUUGUAAAUUUAGUGAAGAUGACGUGCCAUAUUAUAUUGUCUAGGACCAAAUAUGCUUAUUAUAUUUUAAGUUUCGAACAAUUUUUUAUUUAACGUGAAGAAGAAGAUUAAGUGCCAUAUUAUAUUGUCUAAGACCAAAUAUGUCUAAUAUAUUUUAAGU